AUGGACAGGACGCAGGUAGUGAAUAUUACACGUGUAGAAGGUCGAAAUAACCAAGAUGGAAACAUCCAGGUGCAGUUCAAGCAUGCAGAAAAUGUAAGCUUAUGGGUGCGAGCCUCGAAAAAGGAAGUAGUUGUGGUAGAACAAAUCAUCUCCGAGGCCCCCGUGGAAGUUGCUAAGAUGAAAGUGACCAUACGACGCGCCCUGACCAAAGCCAAUAAGUCGUUAUUAUGGCUAGCACAACAAAAACUAAGACCGGCCUACAAAUACGUCUGGUUCCAAGAUGGAAAGGUGCUACUACGUAAAAACGACAAAUCCAAGCCUAAGGUCGCUCGAAGCGAAGCUGACAUUGAGAAGCUCUCAGUAUUAUUGGAAAUAAUCAGCCAAAGUUCCAAGCGGUAA